AUGGGCAGUGGUGGAAAAACGAGUUUGGCAUUGACUUUAUGUGAUGAUCCCAAUAUCAAAGGUUGUUUCAGAAAUAUAGUUUUCAUCACUGUUUCACAAUCCCCAAAUCUGAAGGGAAUUUUAGAGACAAUAUGGGAGAAGAUCUUUAGGAGGAAUGUACCUGAGUUUCAGAAUGUGGAAGAUGCACAUAUACAGCUUCAACAACGGCUUUUAAAGCAAUCCAAGCCAACGCUGGUGGUGUUAGAUGAUGUUUGGUCCAGAGCUAAUUUGGAGAAAUUACUAUUUGAGGCUCGCGGGUACAAAACCCUUGUCACAACCAGAGACGGUUCUAUCAUCCCCAGAAACCCCUAUACUCGGCUAUUUCAAUUGCCAUUGUUGAACAAAGAGGAUGCUCUCUCACUUUUCUGCUUGUCAGCAUUUGGACAGACAUCAAUUCCAAGUACGGCAGAUGCAAAUCUAGUCAUAGAGGUGCAAGAAGAAUGCAAGGGUUUACCUCUUGCUCUUAAAGUAGUAGGAAGUUCUUUGUACGAGGAACCGCAUGUGGCCUGGGAGAAUGCAAAGAAAAUACUUUCCCUGGGAGAAUCACUAUCCUCAUAUCACAGCGAAGGGGUUUUUAGAUGCUUGGAAACCAGUAUUGAUUGCUUGGAUGAUGUUGGGAGGGAAUGUUUCUUAGAUUUGGGGUUAUUUCCAGAGGAAAAGAAAAUUUGUGCUGAUGCACUGCUGGACAUUUGGGUUUAUGUUCGGAAGAUGGAGUGGCAGGAUGCCUAUAUUAUGUUACUGGGACUUGCAAGAAGAAAUCUUCUGAAUCUAUCAAACAAUCAAGGAACUCAAGCAACAAUCUCGUAUAGAUGUGCCCCUGAGCUGUCCUUUUCGCAGCAUGAUGUGCUGCGAGACUUAGCCUUGUAG